CCUCGGCCUCAUUCUGCACCCGGGGACCAGUGCAAAAAGGGAGCGUUUUAAACACAGAGGCAAGAAAGGAUCCAGGCCAUGGGGACUGCGGCUUACAUCAUCAUUGCUCUGAGCUUCCUUGGCCAUUGGUCUGGCAGCCCCUCUGCAGCAGCAGCUGAAGACUCGAUAGAGGGCCCCUCUUCUCCUUGCCCGACGGACUGGCUCUUCUACGAGGGCAGCUGCUAUGGAUACUUCUCUGACCGGAAGUGUUGGAAAGAGGCCGAGGAAGAAUGCCAGCAACAAGGCUCUCACCUGGCCUCCAUCCUGACCAAGAAAGAGUGCUGCCGCCUCCGCAGGUACCUCUCCAGGUUUCGGCCUGACGGGGACGUCUGGAUCGGGCUCCACAAUCUUGCCAAGACUCCUGGAAGCACAUCCUGGCAGUGGAGUGACGGACUCAUCGCCGACCACACGCAGUGGAGCACCGGGCAGCCCAAUAAUCAUGGCAAGACUGGCGAGUGGUGCGUGGAGCUGUGGCGAACUACAGGUUUCAGAAAAUGGAACGACGAGCUCUGCAGCCGUAAGAACAGCUAUGUCUGCAAGUACGAGGCUGAGAUGUCUGCCGCGGAAAAUGGCUGCGAGUGAGCAACAGAGGCGGGGGCCUCCUCUGUUCUCCGCUGCCCUGGUGGGCUUCCUUCUCUGCUCUUUGGCCUCUCCUGUGCCAGGCAGAAAAAAGCUCUUCCUUUCCCAUCCUUUCCGGCUGCCACAGUGUGCCAGCAAUAAAGUCUCU